AUGACUUGCCAGUGGGCACACAGCUCAUUAGUGAAGGAGGAAGAAGAUGAGGAAGAUUCAUUAGUGAAUGAGGAAGAAGGGUUGUUCCAGAAGAAAACCCAAAAUGUACAAGAUAUCCUGGGAUACAAACGCCUCUGUGGAAGCUCUGGAUCCAGGCUGCAGGUUCUGAAGCCCCUGGUGGAGCCCAAGACCAUUUGGAGAAAGCAGGCCGACACCCACAUGGCAGACUCAACAGCCAUGUACCUGGCUACAGACCCAGAAACAGCCCUGUGGACUUGCUACAGCCCUGUUUGGGGCUCGUCCUGCCACCUGCGCCAUGCCAAGGGACACGGGAAGAGUCACACCCUCUGGGAAUCACAUUCAGCUUGCCAUGAAUCCUACAGCCGCGGGCAGCCGGGUCCGCCCGAGUCCCAGCGGGGAGCAGGCGGCGGGGCUCCGGGGCUCGCAGACGGGCGGCGGCCGCGAGGGACGCGCCCCGGGCCCGCGCUCAGCCCUCGGCUCUCCCAGAUCCUUCCCCCGCGCCCUUCUUUCCUUCCCGCUUUCCCCGGGAGAAACAUGGCCGGGAGCAGCGAGGAGGCGCCAGACUACGGGCGAGGCGUCGUGAUUACGGAUGACUGGCCAGGAUAUGACUUGAAUUUAUUCACGUAUCCACAGCACUAUUAUGGAGAUUUGGAGUAUGUCCUCAUACCUCAUGGCAUCGUUGUGGACAGAACUGAGCGGCUGGCUAAGGAUAUUAUGAAAGACAUAGGAAACUGUGACAUUAUGGUCCUGUGUGUGCUUAAAGGAGGUUACAAGUUCUGCGCGGAUCUUGUAGAGCAUCUUAAGAACAUCAGUAGAAAUUCGGAUCAAUUUGUCUCUAUGAAGGUUGAUUUCAUCAGACUGAAAAGUUACAAGAACGACCAGUCCAUGGGCGAGAUGCAGAUAAUUGGAGGCAAUGAUCUUUCAACACUGGCUGGAAAGAAUGUCCUCAUUGUUGAGGAUGUUGUUGGAACGGGGAGGACCAUGAAGGCGCUGCUCAGUAGCAUAGAGAAAUACAAGCCCAACAUGAUUAAAGUAGCCAGUUUGUUGGUGAAGAGAAGACCUAGAAGUGAUGGCUUUAGACCUGACUAUGUUGGAUUUGAGAUUCCAGAUCUGUUUGUGGUGGGUUAUGCCUUAGAUUACAAUGAAUACUUCAGAGAUCUGAAUCACAUAUGUGUGAUCAAUGAACAUGGCAAAGAAAAGUAUCGAGUCUAAAGAAGUAAAUUCUCACCGUCGAAUCUCCGGAUAACAUCAUACUUACGGACUACAGUCAGAAAGCCAGCAUGUGAAGUUUGUCUCCCCAGGCACCUUCACUCAGCAGGAUAUACCAAAAAAAAAAAAAAAAAAAAAAAAAAAAAAAAAAAGAUGUUUUAAUGAGAGAGCUUUCUUUUCAGAGGUAUAACAUAGAGUACCAAAGGUUCUUAAGAAAAAAAAAAGCAAUGCUUUUAUUUGACUUGUUCCAAAUUAAAUAUUCUGCGUUGUGACUCAUGAGUUCUAUCUACCUUCACACUCCUGAACUUUCCCUUUUUUUUUUUAUUUCAAUGCAGUCAUUAUGCUUGAUUACUAUACCCCCACCUAGUUACUCAAAUAUUUUUCACCUAAUUUUUUUUCAAUAUUCCAUUUUGGUAAUGUUUUGCAAUCUGAAAACUGAAAACCUUUUAAGUUAAGCUCUGAACCCAUAUACUGGGAAUGCGACUAGAUUCCCAUACUUUAAAAAGGAGGGAAAGGACAAUUUAAUAUAAAUUUGUUUGUGCAUUUCUGGCAGGCCAUUACUAUUUGCUUUGACAAACCCUUUUUGAACUGUAGCGUAUAAUGAAUCUUAAUGAUGUUAUGAAAUGAGCCUUUGCUCAGUGCUCUUGAUCGGAGCUUCCGGUAUGUGAUAACGGUAUGUCAUGUAUGCAUGGAUGUACUCAACUGUGUUUAAUACUCUGAAUUUUAAUUAGAAAAAAUACAAUGACAGCAAGGCUCUCGUUUCUAAGCUGCAUCCUUUUAUUCUUGUGGGACAUGAGCAAAUGGCAGAAUUGGAGGGGGGAGAAGGGGUUGAAUUCUCGAAGCUAAGUAAGUAUGAGUUUUUCCUCUUAUUUGCAUCAAAGGACAAGACGCUAUUAUAUAUUAUCGUCAACAUGAACACAGAGGUUGAAUUUUUUUUUUUUGGAGUGGUCUCAUAAGACUUAUCAAAUGACCCAUGGCAUUACAGAAAACAAGCACACUUAAAGUUUUUUCUCAGUAACGUUUUUUUUCCAUUCCCAUUGUUUUAUGAGAUGUUUUCUAAUUUAUGGGGAUUCUAAUUGAAAAUAAACUCGAGUGCCAAUAGAACUGUUUUUUCUCAUUCCUAAAAGGAUAAAAUGCAAAAUAAAUAACGAAGCAGGCUUUGUUUGAUUCUGAACCAUAUGUGGCAUAUUGUUAUCAGGUUCUAGCUUCCUUUGAACUAAUAAAGAAUAAGAAACCUUGUUACAUUUCAUAACUGCUAUUUUUCUUCUGCCUUCAUUUCCUUUAUAUACUUUCAGCCCUUAGAAUGUGAGCCAGUAGCUUAAAUAUGUCACUGCAUAUGUCUUUCCUGUGGCUUUAUUUUUGGGAAACUGGAAAAAAUCCAAUAUAUGCACCAGUAUAAGCAAAUGAUUAAGGCAGACUUGAUCUACUGUUUUUUUUUCCCCCUCCUUAAGCUUGUUUGUGAGACAAAGAAUUUUAGAUGUAAGAGAUUUUCCUGAAUAUCUUUGUUUCAGUCAGAGAAGAAAAUAAACCACACCCAGAUAUCCCAAGUGAGCAACCAGCAAAGGGAAUUCCUUUUAGCUUUGUUGCAUAGAAGAAUCGGUAUCCAAGUUAGAGAUUAAAAAUUCUAAUUGGCCAGUUUCUUGAACUAUCAAAUUUGUGUUCUAAAUACAAUGUACACUAUACCACAUCUAUAUUGGAAGACCCAGAAAAACCCAGAUACAUUAGAUUGUGAAGGUAAAAUUAACCAUAAUAUUUAUUAAACUAUUUUCUUUGGAAUGUUGAAUUUUA